CCUUUGUAGCCAGACGGCGCUUCACGCUCGCAGCUGACGCAGCAGCAACAGUUAACGGUGGAGUCCGUGUGAGCCGCGAGUUGCUCUUAGGCUUUAGUGGUUGAUAUUAUUUACAAUGAAGAAACUAAACUGGGCUCCGUCCUGACAGUGUCCGCGUAGUGAUCAAUGACGGUCUGUGGCGGAGUCGGUGACUGACAUGGACGCAGGUGACAUUAAGGAUGUGAAGCUUUCACCUGAAGUGGAACCAUUUAUCCCACUGAGGAAAGGUUUUGAAGGAUCACUGGUCAGCAUGAGUCUCUCUGGCGAGGCGGGCGGCGGCGGAGGAGGGGGAGCCAGCGGAGGGGUGGAGGCUGCACCCAUACCCAGCUACCUCAUCACCUGCUACCCAUUCGUCCAGGAAAACCAACCCAACAGGCAGCAUCCUAUGUACAAUGGAGGGGAGCUUCGCUGGCCGCAGCCUAACCCCAGCCCUGGGGGUCCAUACCUGGCCUACCCCAUCUUGUCUUCCCCACAGCCUCCCGUCUCCAAUGACUACGCUUACUACCAGAUCAUGCCUGCACCAUGCCCUCCUGUGAUGGGUUUCUACCAGCCCUUCCCUGGGACGUACGCUGGUCCAGUGCAAGCCGGGGUGGUCAGUCCUGUGUCAGCGGAUGUCGGUGAAAGGCCUCUGCCGCUGGGGCCUACGUAUGGGAUGGCCGGCCAGAGAGGGAGGGGCAUUCCCCGAUCGAAUGUUCUUACUAAGCAGCCACAUUUAGGUGUUUGCCAGGCUCCAAGAGGUCGUCGGCCCCCAACUAGACACAUUGCCGUGCAAAAGGAGGUGUGCACAUUAACGCCUGACGGUCGGACCAAGACUGUUAUGUUGGUGGAUGCAGCUCAACAGACUGACUUUCCAGGUGAAGUGGCGGGGCGUUGUGCCUCUGAGCAGGUUAGUCCACAGAUGUGGAAAAACCGAACAAAGAGAAGACGGGCUUCGCACUCGGCAGAAGGCUACAACGAGCAGGGUGCCAGCGAGGCAGAUAUUGACAGCGACAGCGGCUACUGUAGUCCCAAACACAACCAGGCCACUGGAGUGACACAGCGAACUCCAGAGAACACCGCUACGCCGAUGGGAGUGGAAACUGGUGUGGUGACAGCAGGUACCUGGGUAAAUGUAGCAUCUCAGGCCACUCCGAAGUACUGGAGGGACCGAAAUGGCCAGUUCCACCGAGCCGAUCAGAGGAAGAUUCCUGAACAGAGAAAUUUGCCACAAGAUUUCCAUAAUGGUUACUCUGGACAUUUAACAUCCAACCAAUCAGAGCAAAUAGUCCAGUCAGCAGUGGCCACUGGUGGGGAUCUCACUCCAGAGCCGCUUUACUUUGAGGAUGAGGAUGAGUUUCCAGAUCUUGCAGCUGGAGGAUCUGUCCAACGCAGCACUAAACCUGAGCCUGCUCUGCCUCAGACGCACACACAACCUAAACUGCCUAAAAAUCUGCUGGAUGACCUACCAGAAAACUCUCCAAUCAACAUUGUGCAGACACCCAUUCCCAUCACUACCUCCGUUCCCAAGAGGGCGAAGAGUCAGAGGAAGAAGGCUCUGGCAGCUGCCCUGGCCACCGCCCAGGAGUAUUCUGAAAUCAGCAUGGAGCAGAAGAAAUUACAGGAAGCGUUCACCAAAGCAGCGGGGAAGAAGAGUAAAACCUCGGUUGAGCUCGACUUGGGAGACAUGUUGGCUGCUUUGGAAAAACAACAGCAGGCUAUGAAGGCCAGACAACUCACAAAUACAAAGCCACUAUCCUUUACAGUUGGAACGACCACUCCAUUCCACAGCUCGGGCUCCACCAGUGUGCCGUCCAUGUUGAGGGGUCACCAGCAAGCCCUCUCGGCCCCACACAACGCUCUGGAUUCCACUGCACCGCGAGUAAAGAGGGGGAAGGAGAGAGAAAUUCCCAAAGUGAAACGCCCUACUGCCCUUAAAAAAAUUAUCUUAAAAGAGCGUGAGGGGAAGAAAGGAAAGUCAUGUGCAGAGCAAGACUCUGCAGGCCCUGACGAGCACGGAGACGAGUGCCUCCAGUUUACCGAUGAUUUGUCACGUGAGCCGGCGUCCCAGGAAGAAAACGGCUUGAGCGUCCCCAGCGACGGCUCCCUGUCCCCGGCCAGCCAGAACUCCCCGUGCAGCAUCACUCCGGUGUCACAGGGUUCUCCUGCCAGCUCCGGAAUCGGCAGCCCGAUGGCUUCGAACGCCAUCACCAAGAUCCACAGCCGACGUUUCAGAGAGUACUGUAACCAAGUCCUGAGUAAGGAGAUCGAUGAGAGCGUGACUCUGCUGCUGCAGGAGCUGGUUCGCUUCCAGGAGCGGGUCUACCAGAAAGACCCCACCAAAGCCAAAUCUAAACGUCGGCUGGUCAUGGGCCUCAGAGAGGUCACCAAGCACAUGAAGCUGCACAAGAUCAAGUGUGUCAUCAUUUCUCCCAACUGCGAGAAGAUCCAAGCUAAAGGUGGUUUGGAUGAAGCGUUGUAUAAUGUGAUUGCCAUGGCAAGAGAGCAAGAGAUCCCGUUUGUGUUUGCCUUGGGCAGGAAAGCUCUUGGACGCUGCGUCAACAAGCUGGUGCCUGUUAGCGUUGUGGGAAUUUUUAACUACUCUGGGGCCGAGGGUCUCUUCAAUCGUCUGGUGUCACUGACAGAAGAGGCGAGGAAGGCCUACAAGGACAUGGUGUCUGCCCUGGAGCAGGAGCAGGCCGAGGAGGCUCUGAAAAAUGACAAGAAGGUCCCACAUCACAUGGGCCACUCACGCAACCACUCAGCUGCCUCCGCCAUCUCUUUCUGCUCCAUUUUCUCUGAGCCCAUCUCAGAGGUCAAUGAAAAGGAGUAUGAGACGAACUGGAGGAGCAUGAUGGAAUCAUCAGAUGCGCCGGAGCCUGUAGAGACGGAGCCGUGUCGCCCCGCGGCUUCCGCAGCCUCCCAGAGUAAUAACAGUGAGACAUCAGCAGCCACCAUCACCACCAACACCACCAGCAGCAGCGUCGUUCCAGGCUCCACUGCCCCCCAGCCCAGGACGGUCCCCCCGACGCAGGGUCCCGCCGAGAGAGACGAGGUCCGGGCCGACGACCGGCUGGAGCUGGCCUCUCAGAGCACGGAGACGGGAUCGUUGGACGGGAGCUGCAGGGGGCCGCUGACCUCCUCGAUCACCUCCACCACUUCCACCCUGGUCCCUGGGAUGUUGGAGGAGGCCGAAGAGGAGGACGAGGAGGAGGAAGACUACACUCCGGAACCUAUUUCUGUCGAAGUGCCCACCCUGAGUAGUCGCAUCGAUUCGUGGGUGUCAAAGACCCUGGAAAACCUGAACCUUGGGAAAAGCCAAGAAAGUACAGAGGAGGAGGAAGAGGACGAGGAGGAGGACGAAGAGGAGAGGGGGCAGAGCGGCGACGAAGACGACCUGGACUCGGCAGACGUCACGGAGCCGAAGGUGGAGGAAAAAGAACAGGUGGAAGCUAAGAAAGCCUCAGUCUGAAGCCACUCCAGUGUUUUCUCUCCACAUCCCGUCUGUCCUUCAUCCCUCCUUCUCCUCCGUGUGUGACCUCUGACACCAGGCAUUAUCUCAGGAAUCAACCCGUCGACCAACAUUCACACACGUCGCAGAAGAUCUGACCAGCUCACAGACCAAACUACUCCUCACACUACAACAAGGGUGCCCUCCCUUAUUCAACCCAGAACCUGCAACACUUGAAUCCAGAGGGGGGGAAAACUUGAUACUUGUUUUUUUUCCCUUCACCUCUGAAGCUGAACUCUUUAUAGAGACUUUUUCUGGGAGCAAGUGUUGGGAGCGACGCGGAGUUUGGGGAAUAUUUCUUCAUCCAGAGCUCUGACGAGGUUUACAGCUCUACAUAUAUUUCGUCUGCGUGUGUGUGCUUUACAGACUCGUGCGUUCGAUUCACUUUGCUCUUUUAUUGGCUUUAUCUGUAUAUUAAAUACGUUGUUUCUUUUGUUUGUUUUUUUUCUCCUGUUCAUUCUUUUUUUUUGCUUACCAAGGGAUAGAGAGAUUUGCAUUUACUACCUAAUCAGUUUUGUCAUCUGCUUCUAAAGUGUCGGGGGCUUUUGUGUUGGAACCAAAAUGGCUCCUCCUUCCCAUCCAUCAGUCUCCACAGAGUGUUUUUAACGUCUAAACAAUGAGUGUCUCAUUCUGUACCUAGAUUAUUUGAAUAACUUUACUUCUAAGAAGCAAAAUAGGAUUUGUGAAUAUAACCUUGUCUUGGUGGUUCUACUAAAGCAUUUAAUGAUUUGUCAUAUUGAUCUUGCCUUGUGUGAAAGUAUUAGAGGUUUUCCAAUGAAUUGGAAAUGUAAAAUCCCUGACCUGUGCUUCAUAAAGAGAAAGAAAAGUGAUCCUUAUUUGUUUUCUUAAGUGUUUAUUUUCCCCCAACGGGAAAGAGGUUGUCGUCCACACAACUCUUCUAUUAUGAACACUUGAGAUUAAUGUUUCCAUUAAAAAAAAAAAGUAUUUUACAAGUGUUUGGGUAAAUAAACGCCCACUUUACCGUCUAGAAAAUUUGGGAAAUUACCAGUUUACUGGUAACCGAAACGCAUUGAUAGUUCCCUUAAUAUCCAUUUCUGUUUCACUGAAAUGAAUCACAAUGGAGCAAUUCCAGAUUUAAUAAGCAGUUUUUUAUUUUUUAUUCACCCAACUUCAAGCACCAGUAAAGAUAAGAAGUUUCCAGUCUAACACAAAUUUAUGGACCUAUUUCUGUAAAUACAGGCAUAAAAAGAAAACCCAAAAUUCAGAUUUGUAUAAAAAAAAACAAAAAACGCAAUCAUCCUUUUUCUAAAGCCAUUCAAUACUUUGAACAUGUGAAGACUUGGAAUCCAAUUUGAUAAUGGUAUUUGAUCAAUAAUCAGACUCUUAAGAGAUGUAAAUGCAAUGUGUGAGGCCCUGUGCCGGGGGGUUGUCUGUAUACUUCAUGCUUUGAAAUAAUGAAAGUAUUUCUGGUUUAAUUAAAGGUACGCCGAGUGUGUGUGCGUGUGGGUGUGUGUAAUGACUUCCAUCAAAGUGUUUUGAUGUGCUAAUUGAAAGCUAAUGUGUGUGUGUGUGUGUGUGUUUCUUUCUUCUUUUGCACUAUGUAAAUACAGUACCGGUUAAAGUCUUGUAACUAAUGUGAACAAAAACAGAAGGAAAAAAAGAAAAACCAAACAAAAAAAAAUACGGUUCAAUGAAGUAAUUCUAUUUUGAGUGUGUUGUCUUUCUAUGGAUAUUUAAAAUUGUCUCCCUCUGACUACUUUACUUAUGACACUGUUGGAGGCUGUUUCUCAUAAUCAUGUUAACACUCUUAACCUAUAUGGACUGAUGAUUAACAUCAUUAAAAUAUUGUUUAGGUAAAUUA